AUGGCGGGUCUGAAGCUGUCCCUUUUUGUCCUAGUCCUCCUCGCGUUUGGCCCGAGUCAGGCCGGCCCGCCAUGCACUAGGCUCUGUGAGGUAAGGCGCACUGGUUCUUGCGCUAGGCUCGGGGAGAUCAUAAUUGUCGGGAGUGGAGGCGGGCUGCCUUGUGCCACGUGCAACACGACCGGGCAGGCCGAUGAGAAUCAGCUCGGGUGUCUCCCAGGCGAUCUGAAGAGGCUGCAAGUGGCGGGGCACUCCGACAGAAGCGGCCAGCUGAAACCACUGCCCCGCCUUGGCCAACUCCUCACUCUUGUUCUGGGGCCCGGAAACAUCCGUACCGUCGGAAGAGGAGCGUUCGCACCAGUGAGCGGCAUUUCGGCACUAUCCAUGGAAAAGAACGCCAUCAAAACCGUUGGAAGCUGGUUUGGCGGGAUCACCAAGCUAGAGAAGCUCGCGCUGUCUUGGAAUGAAAUCGAAGAAAUCAAGGAGAAUGCCUUCCAGCCACUGAGACGGCUGGGCUAUCUGGAGCUGAGGCACAACCGGCUUCGUGCUGUGGAAGAGUCCCACUUCUCAAGCUUGACCAAACUCAAGGGUCUGCACCUCAGCUACAACAGCAUCUCACACAUCGCUGGGAGGUCCUUCUACCGUCUGUCCAUGCUACACACGCUCUCCCUGGAUCACAACAAGCUAUCGUUCCUCGGCACCGAGUGGCUACAGGGGUUAUACAGGGGCAAAGUCUAUAUCCAGGAGAAUCCCUUCCGCUGCACCUGUGCGCUGGCGAGGCCUUCACUGUCUUCUCCUUGUUUCGACAAUCGGGACAGAAUGCGAUGCAGCUACCCGCCUGGCCUCUCGGGAAGAAAGGUUGACGACGUCGCGAGGGGAGAGAUGCCGUGCCCGCCACCCGCAGCCAAGGUGUCACGCCGAGACCGCGGAGCCACUCUCGUGUGUGAGGUCUUCUGGGAGAAGCGACCAGAGAUCGGAUGGAUGGAUCCAAACGGGAGGGCCGUUGGAGACCGACAGGCGCAAGACCGAUGCGGCGGCACGGUGACCACACGCCUGGAGCACGACUACCCCACCACCAAGUCUCCUGAAGGGGGACAAGUGCUCCCAAGAGACGCCUCCAGCCUACCCUACAUCGGCAGGUCCACCUCCACCCUCCACAUGAACCCGCAAGCCUACCAGUGCUGGACGGGGGGCAGCUUCCGGUGCGUCGUGAAGUCUGCAACAACAGGCAGCGUCUUUGCAGAUCUGCCCCUGACCAAGUCAAGUGAAGAAGACCCGAGGCACGACCACACCGUGACGACAGCGGCCGGCUACACCUCAACACCUGCCCAGCGGAACGCAAGGAUGACAGAAAAGGUCGCCAGAACCCCGGAUAAGAACCCCCGGCAGGACGGCAUCACUCCGGCAGCUGAUAAGGCAGAACGGCGCACCGCCAUGACAGCAGUCCUCACCGCCAAACCUACCCGGCAGAACGGAAGGGUUACAGGAAGCAUGGGCAAAAUCACGGACAAGGACGGCAAACAAGACGGCAUCACUUCAUCAGAUUAUAGUCCACUUAAUAUCAUGAUGAUAGUAUUUUACAGCGUGGGAAUCGCAAUCGUGGUUGCGAUAGUUGUCGACAGGGUAGUGAAGAAGUGCAAGAAGUGGUACGAGGAGCGACAAGAGCAGCGGCAAAACUUACACGGCUACGCCGCAGGCGCGAUCGGAGGCAUACCGCUGCAAAACUUCCAGCCGCCGGCCGCAGUCUCCACGACUGGGAACCCUGUACCUCCUCAACAGGCGAACGAUGACGCCCAGGACGACGCAUCCAUCACUCCGUAUGCGGAAACGUCGCGUCUGGAAAACCCCAUGUAUGGCGCAGACGUGGUGCGGCCAAGAGGUGCGACCUCGGCGUCCCCAGACCCUCGGCCAGGGCCCAGCCUGGGGAAUGCCCCAGUUCCACCUCCGCGAUCGGACAGGCCAGGAAUCGCCGCCAGCGACUCUCACUACUACCCACCAGGCACGGCCACGACUCGAGCAAAAGACGUCCCACCUCCCCAGACCAACAGGCGCGUCAACCCUAACGUGUCAGCGCAGGCAAAACGUUCAGGCAAAUCUGCUACGCGAAGAAACCGCAGUGCAUCUUGCGGCAGCCGAAGGGCCUCCUGCGACAACCGCAGGGCCUCCUACCACAACCGCAGGGCCUCCUACGACUCGCAGGUCGAAGGCGUCAACCUGUACCUUGACCUGAACGGCCCACCACACCACUCUGGCUCAGACAUGCCUCAAGCAGAAGACGUAAACUCAAGCGUCUCAGCACAUCCCAAACGUUUGGGGAAGGCUACGCUGCCAAGAACACGUGGAAGAGCCUCCUACGACCCGCGAAGCUUGGGAGUGGAGGAAGAAGAGAACACAGAAGGCCCCAACCUUUACCUUGAUCUGAACGGCCUAAAACGGCAAUCUGACUCGGAGAUGCCUCAAGCAGAAGAUAUCCCGGAUCCACUUCCACGGACCAACAGAUACGUCAACUCUAACGUGUCAGCACAUCCACAAGACUCGGACAUGUGUCAGGCAGACAUGAUUCCGGACCCACUUCCCCGGACUCACACCUACAUUAACUGCAACGUCUCAGCACAGCCACACCGCUUGGGAAUGUUCGACAUGCCUCAGGCAGAGAGAAUUCCGGAUCCACUUCCACGGAUUCACACCUACGUCAACUCGAACGUCUCAGCACAUCCACAAGGCACGGACAUGCCUCAGGCAGAGAGAAUUCCGGAUCCACUUCCACGGAUUCACACCUACGUCAACUCUAACGUAUCAGCAGAACCACGACACACCUGA